CCGUCCUAUCUUCCUCAGGACAUCUACAAACUUCUACAAGCCUCUUAACAUUCCAAUUGCAAGGCGUGUUUUCGAUCAUCGACCGACUACACGCCGCCCACAAAAUGGCCAUGAAGAAGAUUGCCUUGAUUGUCCUCGUGGUUGCUGUUUGCAUGUCUGCAGCUAUGGCCGUUGCACCUCUAAAGGCUGCAGCUGCCACCCCAGCUGCCAGUCCCGCUGCAACGCCCACCUCCGAUGCUUCUGCUCCAGUACCUAAUGGAAGCAAUAUGAACGCCGUUGGAUCUUUAGUCGGAGCUUCAGUCUUGUCCUUCUUGGCCCUUUACUUGCGUUGAAUCUCGAAAGCUUGAAAGUAAUAAAAUGCUUGAAAGUAAACGGCCUAGGCUAGAGAGAAAAAUAAAAGAGUCUAAGAAAUAUAUAUGAAGUGUAUUUGUUUGUGUUGUCCGAGAGCUAAUUAAUAACAAUGGUGCUGUUGUUGGCGUCUAUCUAUUA